AUGACCUCGACCGAAAACAUCGUCAAGCUUACCGGCCCGGAGAGCUGGAAGGAGUGGAACCUGCGCUUUAUCAACAUGGCGAAGGAUAACCAGCUCUGGGAGCUCAUCAAUCCUGCAAGCACCUCUAGAGGCGACUUCAUGGAGCAGCCGACUGAACCGAGAUUCACCGACUAUCCGAAGCUCUUGGACACGCCCGCUUCGAGCACGCGCAACUCAAGCGCAACGCCCGCAGGCGGCACAGAGCUCACCGAUACGCAAGGAACGCCUCGCAACCUUUCAGAAAUGACUACGGCGGGGAAGGAACAAUACCGCCAAGAUGUGACGAACUUCCAGUUUAACUGGUGGCGAUACGAGACCCAAGGCCAAAGAAUCAGCAACGUGAGCAGCUGGGUUCAAAAAACAGUCGCCACCCACAUCUAUAACGCGACGUGCAAGCCCGACAAGAAGCUUCAUGAGUGGUACGACGCCCUCAAGGAGCGUGCAGGAACCGACGAUCUCGAAGACCUUCGCCGAGCGCUCGAGCGCUACAACACCGCCAUCAAGGUCCUUACCCGCAAGCCAAAGGACAAACCGCGUACAAUCGCCAAGGGUGCGUUCGUCACUUUUGCGGAUCAGACCUCCGAUGAGGGAGAGCACGACUUGGAGCCUCACCGCUCGCGGCGCAACCCAGCACCACGCAGAAGUAAGAGCCGCAGCCCGCCUCCUCGAUCAAAGAAGCGUCGAAACAACGAUGACUCAACAUCUGCCUGCCCUGCUUGUGACAACAAACACCGUCUCGAGGAAUGCUGGGCAGCUCGCCCAGAGAUUCGACCUGAACAUCGAUAUCCGUCGCGGACUGCCGAAGCACGCGCCCAGGAGCGUAUAAAGCACGACUCAGAACUUCGAAGGCAAGUUGGGCGUCUCAGGAAACGCGUUAAGGUGGAAGAAAAGGAUACUACACGGCCUCUCAAGAGCGCACUCAAGGAAAGCAGCAAAUACGCUCUCAAGAACUCAACGAUUCUCGACUCGGGCGCCACUAUUCACGUUUGCAACCAGAUCAGUCGCUUCAACCACUUCCGCACUGUUUCCGAGAAGCACUACCUUUGGGCAGGAGAAGGAAAACGCCGUAUCCAAGGCACGCAAGGCGCCAGGAUCAAGGGUAUCACGACCACCGAGUGCGACUCGUGUGCAAAGGGCAAGAUGCACCGCCAAGAUCACCGCGCGCCGCGCAACCUCACAGAAUUCCGCCCAGGAGAGAAACUCGCCCUCGAUUUCCAUGAUUUCGAGCCGGAUGAAGCCGGCUACAACUCGCUCCUGCUGCUCGUCGACAGGAUCUCGGGUUACUUGUGGGAUUUCUACAUGAAGGACCGGAAAACCGACACGGUCAUUACGGCACUCCACGAACUGCUUGGCAUACUUGAACGUCAAUAUGAGAUCAAGGUAAAGGUUGUGGAAAGUGACAACGAGAUCAUCUCAAAGUUGCCCGGGGUAAAACGCUACUUGGAAAGCAGGCACAUCCGCACCGAACCAUCACCGGGAGACACACAAGCCCUUAAUGGUGCUGCUGAGCGCUCCCGGAGGACCAUCAAGGAACAACUCACCGCUAUGCGUGACAGUUCGAAGCUCCCAAACGCCCUGUGGAGGGAGAUUAGCAAGGCCGUAGUAUAUUUGCUUAACAGCACGCCACGGAAGCGCCUUGGCUGGAAAACGCCGUUCGAGAUCUUUCAUUCGAAGGGAGAUGCGCGCCGAAAGCCCGACAUAACUAAUUUGCGAACGUACGGCUGCAAAGCAUAUGCGAUGGCCACCACGGCGAUGCGGAAGGAGGAGCGCCUUAAGCGCUUCAACCCAAAAGCGUGGAUCGGAUACCUCGUCGGGUACACCUCGUCCAACACGUUCCGAAUCUGGAAUCCGGUCCUCAACAAGGUUGUGAUCAUGCGAGAUGUGAUCUUCAACGAAGAAGAAACGUUCAGCGGUGCGCUCGAAGAGCUUCCCGGGUGGCUGGCCAUCCUGGCUGUGGCCAUCACCACGACGGUACAUACUCAAGACUUCCGCGACCGCGAGGGCGACAAACUUACUGGGCGCAGAACGGUGCCCAUUGCGAUCGGGGAUACGGGCGCUAGGCUGGUGGCUGCUGCCGGCUUCGCCAUCUAG